AAAGCACGAAGAAGAAGGCUGAAAGGAAGGAGAACUCUUACCCGGAAGUAGGCGCGGGGUUGGGAAGUUGAAAAUGGAAGCCGCUGUGUUUAUUCUGUCGCUUGUCGACUGCUGCGCGUUGAUUUUCUUGUCUGUGUACUUCAUAAUCACUCUGUCUGAUCUUGAAUGUGACUACAUUAAUGCCAGAGCUUGCUGUUCAAAGCUGAACAAAUGGGUCAUCCCAGAACUAAUCGGCCAAGCUCUGGCCACACUGCUAAUGCUAGUCUCCAUGCACUGGUUUAUCUUUCUCCUCAACAUACCUGUGGCAUCGUGGAACGUUUACAGAUAUUUGAAGGUUCCUAUGGGUAACAUGGGAGUGUUCGACCCCACGGAGAUCCACAACAGAGGACAGUUAAAGACCCAUAUGAAGGAGGCCAUGAUCAAAUUAGGUUUCCACCUACUCUGCUUUUUCAUCUACUUAUACAGCAUGAUCCUGGCACUGAUCAAUGAUUGAUGCUGCAGAGAUGCAAGAACCUCAACUGCAGAACCAUCAAACUAUCCAUUUUAAGAUGUGAAUAUGGUCAUCACUCCCAGCUAAUGCCAAUCCAAAAAAAAAAAAAAAAAAAAAAGACACUCCAUCAGAUACAUCACGUAAUCCAUUCCAUUCUAAAAUAUAGACUUGCGCUUGUGUAUUCGCAUUGAAGUAAACCUUUGUGUAGUUACAUCAUUUAGGCAUUUGUGCAAAAAGGCUCUACAGCCGUAGCGCUGCUCACACCAUGCGCUGCUUCUCAGGGCUGAAUCAACAUGACAAUCUCACUGACUCAUCCAAGCAACUGAUAAGCUUACAGCUCGUCAGCACGCCAUGUCUCCACAUUCUCGGCUUAAGCGUGCCGUCAUUGUAAACGCGUCCACCUGUCUUCCCGAUGGACGUCUUUAUUGUACUUUGGAAUAUGCGCUGUGUUUAAAUUUUUAUUGUCUUUCAGUUCGUUUUUACUGAGAAUGAUUGAGAAUUGUAUUAAGCACAUUAUUAAUUAACCAACUUAGCAUGUUUUGGGUUUCAGUAAGAACAUGUUUUUCAGUUCAGAUUUAUGUAGAUGUUUUGUGCUUCUUUUUUUUUUUUUUUUUUUUUACAAGUAUUAUUCCAAUGUUUUUGGGUACCACGGUUACCUCUGUGCCUUCUGGUUUUCAUUUUAACAAUCAGUUCAUCCAUCAAGCUGCAGUUUGUUGGGUUCAAGCCAUUCCCACAUGUUGCUUUAUAAUGAUUAAAGUUAGAAUGAAAAACACUAUGCUCAGGGGUAAGAAGCUGGGAACUGAUGCAGUACUUUAUUAAUAGGCUUUUGGUCCCAGUAUAUUUUGAUGAUGCCAGUGGUCACAACUAGGAUAUAACUUUAGCUUCUCAUUUCUGGUCACAUUUGUUUCAUGCAUGCUGUUUUAUCUGCUUUACAUUGAUUACCUUUAUCCUUUUGGGAUUUGCUUAACAGCAGAAAUUCCCUGUGCUAUUACUGUAUGUCAUGCAGAACAUGAUGCAAAACAGUUUGGUUUCUUCUUGCUGGCCAGAUCUCCUGGACAUUGCCCUGAUCUAUGUGUACGCACCAGUUCGCAAACGUCCACUCAUAGGUGUUUCAAUCACAGAAAUUGCCCUCUUGCUCAGGAAUAAUCACAUGCAAUGUUCUUUGGGUCAUAUUUACAGUUAAAAGUAAUUAAUUACUGUAUGCCUCAGUCUGGAUAGUUUGUACUGAGGUGUUUUUUUUUUUUUCUUCUUCUUUAGUUUUUAGUCCAUCAUGUAAUUUCAAAGAAUUUUCUUUAAUACUAAUUCAGUCAGGUUAGAUUCUUUGCUACAUGAUUAUAUUUUCUAAAGUAGGUUCAAGACUUCUUAAAAAUAGGAACAUAUGCGGCAGUGGGUUUGGGGUCAGUUUGGGAGUCUUUUACCUUUCAUUGCAAUUCAGAUGACACAUACUUGCUAUAAUAGAGGCUUAUUAUAAAUGACACAUCCACGUUGCCAGAUAUACGUAGAUGGGCUGGCUGUUAGUACACUAACUUUCUCACAUUAACUUGAUUUGUGCAAUUAUCCUUAAAACAAAGUCAAGACUGCUCUUCAUUUGGCAUGUUAGCAUGUCAGUCCAUCAAAGAAUCAUUAGUUGUAAUGUCUACACAAGCCUAUUCCUAACUGUAGUGUUCAUCAAAAAUGAUUUAGGACUGAUUGUAAAAAAUGUAUUAUAUGUUCCAGCACUGUAAGUCGAUAUUGUUAAUUUCAUGGAUGAUUGUAUCUGGUACGCUUUAUGAUAACUGGGAAAUCUGAUUAUGAACAUAAAUAUUCUUUUGCCAUUUUA